AUGGAUCCAGAUGCCUUGGCCAAGGCGUUCGUGCAGCACUAUUACACCACCUUCGACACGGCCCGCACUAACUUGUACACGUUAUACCAGGAUCAGUCGAUGCUGACGUUCGAGGGUGAGAAGUUCCAGGGAGUUCUAAACAUCCAGAACAAGAUCUCGAGCCUGCCUUUCCAGUCCUGCACACACAUCGUCAGCACGGUCGAUUGCCAGCCGUCGGGUCCUGGAGGCGGAAUGGUCGUGUUUGUCAGUGGGAGCUUGAAACUGGCAGAUCAGGAGCAUCCUCUCAAAUUUAGCCAGAUGUUUCACUUGAUGCCUACACCUGCUGGAAGCUUCUACGUCCUAAACGACAUUUUCCGGCUGAACUAUGGUUGA